AUGGAUACCCAGACGGAUGAUAGGGAGGGCUGCUACUUCAAUCAAACCAUCAAAUUUUUUUACCAGAAAAGCGGCAAGAACAUCAGCGACCACUGGCGCACCCGCGACUACAUCAUCGUCUCGCUAGGCAUAACGGUCUGCUUUAUCGUCAUCUUCUCCAACUUGCUUGUCAUCGGCGCCAUUUUGAAAAAUCGACGCUUUCACUACCCCAUCUAUUACUUAUUGGGGAACCUGGCUUUGGCAGACCUUUUUUCAGGUGUCUCCUACCUCCACUUGAUGUUCCACACUGGUCCGUGGACCAUCAAGCUGUCCAAAUAUCAAUGGUUUGUGCGUCAGGGACUCAUCGACACCAGCCUGACCGCAUCCGUCCUCAACCUCUUGGCAGUGGCGGUGGAGCGCCACCAGACCAUCUUCAACAUGCAGCUUCACAGCAAGAUGAGCACCCGGCGGGUCUUCGUCAUCAUGAUCUUCAUCUGGCUGGUGGCCAUCGUCAUGGGCCUGGUGCCCACUAUGGGCUGGCACUGCCUGUGUGACCUGGAACACUGCUCUACCAUGGCGCCGCUAUACAGUCGCAGCUACCUGGUGUUCUGGGCGGUCCUCAACCUGCUCACCUUCUCCAUCAUGGUGGCUGUCUACACUCGUAUCUUCUUGUACGUGCGCCACAAGAGCAAGCAGAUGUCGCAGCACACCACCCAGAUGAGACACAGAGAGACUGUGCUGAACCUAAUGAAGACGGUCUCCAUGAUCUUAGGCUGUUUUGUGAUCUGCUGGACACCGGGUCUGGUGGUGCUCCUUUUGGACGGCCUCGGCUGCGACGACUGCAAAGUGCUACGCUACGAGAAGUACUGCCUGGUGCUGGCAGAGUGCAACUCCCUGGUCAACCCCAUCAUCUACUCCUUCAGGGAUAAAGACAUGAGGAGGACCUUCCGGGAGAUCCUGUGCUGCCUGUGCCGGCGCGGUGGCGAGCCGUCCAGCUUAUCCGGAGUUAACUUUAACACCAUGGACCACGAGAACUCCAAAUCUCGCGACAUGGAACUGAUGGAGAAGAGCAACGGGGCGCCGCUCAUCAGCAAAAACUCGGAUGUGUCGUCUUCAGGGAGCCACGGCGGCAGUCUGUUUUGGCGUGGCAUCGUCCUUUUGGGAUUGAGCGUGUACAAAGGCCUCAUCAGCUUGUUGCGCCUCCUCUUGCGUGCGGCGCUUUUGAACGGGGCCAAAAUUCUCCUCAAUGGAAACUUCCUUCGUGGGAACACCAAGUCUUUGGAGGAAAAGCCGCCCAUUAUCGCGUCACCUGUGGAAAACAUGGCAACAGACCCUCCCUCUUUUUCCUCCUCCGCCUCCUCCAUCGUCCUUCCCUUCUCAUCCCUCCAUCCUCCUCCUCUUCCUACCGGUGCUCCGUGCGCCUAA